AUGGCUAAUCUACUGUCUCAUCUCUCGUCACUGUCGACAAUUGUUAUAGGCGAGUCUGCGGUUGGCAAAUCUAGCCUUGUCAUUCGCUUUGUUGAUCGUGAAUAUACUGAGAACAGAGAACCAACCAUUGGUGCUGCAUUCUUAACACAGAAAUGUACAAUGGACGACAGGACAAUCAAAUAUGAAAUUUGGGAUACAGCAGGACAAGAACGUUUUCAUUCUUUAGCACCAAUGUACUACAGAAAUGCACAAGCUGCAAUUGUUAUGUAUGAUAUUACGAAAGCUCCAACACUAGAUAAAGCCAAAGGAUGGGUUAAAGAAUUGCAACGACAGGCCAACUCACAAAUAGUCAUUGCACUUGUUGGUAACAAAUUAGAUUUAUGCGAAAACGACGAUGAAGUUGAAGCAGAUAAUGAAAAUGAGAAUGAGGAGCAGAAUGGAAAUGCUUAUAACGGUAGCCGACAAGUCACUUACGAAGAAGCUUCAGCUUACGCACAAGAAGCAGGCCUCUUAUUUUUUGAAACAAGUGCACGAACUGGCAUGAAUGUGGAUGAAGUGUUUACAGAUAUAGCCAAAAAUAUUCCUCUUGAAUAUCUCGCUAAUAACAGAAAUGGAUCACGAGUGGGUGGAGCACAAGGCAAUAACGCUAGACUUGACCUUCUACGUGAAGCUGGCACCAAUGGGCAGAAUUCAGGUGGUUGCGCUUGUUGA